AAGCCAUAGAACCGCACCACUUUGCCCACCACAUCAUGAAUAUAUCGACGCCGCUGCUUCGGUCUGUAGGCCGUAGCGUGCGAGCAUCCGAGCCCUGGAUAUGUCAUUCCUGCGCUCUUCCAGCGAGAAUAGCGCCCCGCCACCGGUCAAACAUCCUUCCUCCGACGCGCAGAAGUCUUAAGAACACCCCAGAGUCGCGCUCGAGUGCUACGUCGCCAAUGGAGGAUGCGCAAGCAGCAUUCAAGACAAGGAAUCGGACGACUGUCUACUACGUCCUGAGUACGAUCUUAGGAACAGUAGCUCUUUCAUAUGGCUCUGUGCCAUUCUACAAAAUGAUCUGCCAAACCACAGGAUGGGGUGGUCAGCCCAUCAAAUCCGCCGCUCACACCUCUUCCUCCACCGACGACCCCUCCGAGCGCCUCAAACCACUAGCAGAUGCCAAACGUCUGAGGAUAACAUUCAACGGGUCCGUUUCCGAUGUCAUGCCUUGGAAGUUCACCCCGCAGCAGCGCGAGGUACGAGUUGUACCAGGCGAGACGGCCCUCGCCUUCUACACUGCGACAAACCUGUCUGAUGAAGAUAUAAUUGGAGUAGCGACAUACAGUGUGGUGCCCGGACAAGUCGCGCCAUAUUUCAGCAAGAUACAAUGCUUUUGCUUUGAGGAGCAGAGAUUAAAUGCGGGCGAAACCGUGGACAUGCCCGUCUUCUUUUACAUUGAUCCGGAAUUUGCGGAGGAUCUCAAUAUGAGGAAGAUUGAAACUAUCACAUUAAGUUAUACGUUUUUCAGUAAGCACAAGUUUUCCGUCAACACCUCCGCCAGCUGUGAACUCCAGGCGCAACCGGAAGAGAGACUAAUAGACUCGCAGAGGCACGUUACGAUAAACAAGGUCAUUUGAAGCCUGUCGCGGCAUAAGCUGCAAACCCACAUCAGUGAAACUUCU